AUGGAAGGAGUUUUGGCUGUUAGUGAUGGACAUGACUUAUAUACAAAUGAUGUUGGAAGUGUUAGAGGAAAUCUUGAACCUAAAAUUAUUUCAUUUGUAAAGAAUUUUAGUAAACAUAAAAAUAAUAUUUUUGAUUAUAGAGAACAAUUACAAAGAAAUAUUAGAAUGGGAAAAUAUUUCUUAGAAAUUGAUAUAAUGGAUCUUCAAAAUUUUGAUGAAAGUUUAAAAGAAGCAUUAUUUAAACAUGCAUCAGAAUUUAUAUCAAUUUUUGAAAAUGUACUUUCAGUUCAAGUACUUUCAAUGAGAGGUUGGGAAAAAAAAGAAGAUUAUAUAGAAAGUGAUACUGGUGGUCCAAUGAUGCAAGUUAUUAUUAAAGAUACUCAAAGUAAAAUGAUUCAACCUCGUAUGUUACAAUCUUCUUUUCUUAGUAAAGUUAUUAGAGUAAGUGGUAUUAUUGUUUCAAUUAGUAGAGUUGAACCUAAAGUUACUAAAGCAAUAUUAAGAUGUAGAAGUUGUCAAAAAGAAAUUGCAGUUAUAGUUCCAUCAUGUUGUGGUAUUAUUAAUUAUCCUAAAUCAUGUGAUGGAGUAAGUCCAGUAACUGGUAAAAAAUGUCCUCCAGAUCCUUAUGAUGUUGUUACUGAAAAAUGUAAAUUUGUUGAUAGAAUUGUAUUAAAAUUACAAGAAACACCAGAGAACGUUGCACCAGGUGAAGUUCCAAGAACAGUUACCGUUAUUUUAGAACGAUAUCUUGUUGUUGGAUUAACAGCUGGUCAAAGAAUAUGUAUUGAAGGUAUUUUUGGUGCAUCUUUACAAAGAAAAGGAACUAUUUCAACAUCAUAUAUUAGAGCAAUUGGAAUUGAAAUUAGUGGUCAAGUUGUUUCUCAAGAUGAUAGAAGAAUGAAAGAAGUUGCAAGAACAAUAACUAAAGAAAAACUUAUUAAAUCAAUUGCACCAGCUAUUUGUGGGUAUGAUGAUAUUAAAGAAGCUGUUUUAUGUCUUAUGCUUGGUGGAAGUGGUAAAGCACUUCCAGAUGGAACUCAUUUAAGAGGAGAUAUUAAUGUUUUAUUAAUGGGAGAUCCUGGAACAGCAAAAUCUCAAUUACUUAAAUUUGUUCAAAUGGCAACUCCAAUUGGUGUUUAUACUUCUGGUAAAGGUUCUUCUGCUGCUGGAUUAACUGCAGCUGUUAAUAAAGAUUCUUCUACUGGAGAAUUUUAUCUUGAAGGAGGAGCUCUUGUACUUGGAGAUGGAGGUGUUGUUUGUAUUGAUGAAUUUGAUAAAAUGAAUGAAGUUGAUCGUGUUGCUAUUCAUGAAGCAAUGGAACAACAAACAAUUUCUAUUGCAAAAGCAGGUAUUACAGCUGUUUUAAAUGCACGAUCUGCUGUUUUAGCUGCAGCAAAUCCAUCAUUUGGAAGAUUUAAUGAGAGAGCAUCAUUUGGUGAUAAUGUCAAUUUAAAAACUACGAUUUUGUCAAGAUUUGAUAUGAUUUUUAUGAUUAGAGAUAAACAUGACGCAAAAAGAGAUAAAGAAAUAGUUAAACAUAUUAUGGAUAUUCAUCGUCAAGACGUAAAAGUUGAUAAUUUAAGUACAGACAUUUUAAAAGAAUAUAUUGCUUAUUGUAAAGCAUAUUGUAUUCCUCGUCUUACAGAAAAUGCUUCAAAUAAAUUAUCGAAUUAUUUUGUUUCAAUUAGACAAAAAGUAAGAGAAAAUAAACUUGAAAAUGAUAAUGAUGAAGGUAUUCCAAUAACUGUAAGACAACUUGAAGCUAUUAUUCGUAUUAGUGAAGCAUUAGCAAAAAUGACUAUGAGUGAUAUUGCUGAUGAAAAUCAUGUAGAUGAAGCUAUAAGAUUAUUUGAAUUAUCAACAAUGAAUUCUGCUGUUAGACAAAAAGAAAAACAUAAAAAACGAAGAGAUGAUAAGUAA